CAUACACAGUACAUACUAUUUCACUUAAAAUAUAACCAUUAUAUUAUUAAUUAUAAUAAAAAGGCAAAAGGCUUAAUUUUGAGGGUAAAGAAGAGUUUUUAAUUAAGUAAUAUUUACUGAACUGAACGUAAAAUUAAUUAGUUUACAUUCACAUUUUUUUCUUACUUAUCAUAUUAAAAUUCUUUAUAAAGCGAGAUUAUUGUUUGCUUUCUUGAUCGCUUUUAACAAAUACUUUUCAUAUUAUCGAUCUGUUUAAUGAAUAUAAAUCGAUGAUUAUUAGCUUCGAUAUUAUACGAUAAUAGCAAGAGCGCCGGACAAUACUAGCAACAAAAUACAUCAUGAAAAGAACUGUGAAAAAAAUACUUAUCGAUUUUUGUCUAUCUGAGAAUUGGAAAAGAUUAAACUCUGAAGAAAAAUGCACUUAUUGUGUUUUAAAACCAUUAAUAGAUAUAAUUUCGUUAUGCGGUUUCAACAUCAUAAAUCCUUGCCGUCAUUAUUUCGGAGAAAAGUUGUCUGAUAAUUUUCUUCACUGCUUUUAUAGAUAUUUCAUAAUACUAUAUGGAUGGUUGUGUGUCGGAAUUUUAAUGAUUUCUCCAUUUUUGAACGAAGAUCCUCAUUUUCAUCAUUUCAACAAGCGUAUUUUCAGUUCUAACCAACAGUCAAUUAUCAUAAAGUAUACUCUAAUCGGAGGUAUUACUCUACUAAUGGUCGAAAUUAUGUAUGUAAAUGAUAUACGCAUUACUUUAACAAAGGAACUAGAUAAAGUAUCAGGAUUCGUCCCUCGUAUUAUGCCAUUUAUAAUCAAUUCGUCUUUUAUGAUUUGCAUUAUCUAUGCUAUAUUACUCGUUGAUUAUAAUAUUCGUAGUAGGCCGAACAGCAUUUUAUGGAAAUAUGAAAUAUUGGCGAUUUUGAUGAGUAUUUUUCAAUUAUAUUUUUGUUUGUUUCUCGUAGUUUUAUUAAUAUUAAUUGUUGUCUUGAUUGGACUUACAAUUAUAGCUUUUCGUAAAAUUGCCACUGAUCUUGCAAAUCCGAUUCAAAGACAUAUUCCUGAUUUUCUUGAAGAAAUCGAUUCGAGACACGAAAAUCUUUCUCAGUUUGUUUAUCAUUUAAAUAAUUCCUGUAAAAAUGCAAUUGGCUCUGCAUAUUUUGUCGGCGUGGGAGAAAUAGCUUUGCUAGCAUAUAUAUCUAUGUAUGAAUCAUUGAAACAAAGAGAAAAAAUCAUGGUAACCUGCAUCCUAGUAAUUACCAUGAUAAUAUUGACUGUUUUGGCUCUUGUGGGAGGAGAAAUAGAAAAUGCGGCAAAAUCUGCAUUUCAUUCAACUUCUCUUUACAUCAGAACUCAUAUGAAAAUGACUGAUAAGUUGAAAUUUCUGUGCUUUAUGAAGAGAUUGGGUGGUCCUCCAAUUACAGUCACAUGCAUGGGUUUUUUUGCCAUUAAUAAGACUUUCAUUUGUAGAGCUUAUAAAGCUCUGUCCUCAAGCUUUACUACUAUAUUAGAAAUUCAGAACUCCGAAAAGCACUGCCUUAAUUCAACAGAAGAUAUGUUGAAACAGUUUAUUUGAAUGAUAAAAAAAUAUAUUUGUGUUUAUUAAAUUAACAGCUUUGUAUUUGAAAGUAUUAAUUAAAGUAGAUUUGGUGAUUAAAAUUCAUAAUUUAAUAAGUAUUUGCACUCGAAGUAUUUUAAUUAAAAUUUUACAGACGUAUUCAGAUGUAAUUGUUUACUGAUAAGAAGUGUGUAAUGAAUAAAUUGGAUUAUAAAAAAAAAUUUUUAUAUGUAUAAUGUCAAGUAUGCGAUAAAAUCUCACAGUACAUCUCAGGCACUGUUGUAUGCAUUAAUUUUCUUAAAUAAAUUGACUUU